AUGCUAUCAUUUUCUCAGACUAGAAAUCUAGCUGUCCGCAGAUUGGGAUCCCUAGGGGUUGCCGCUCGUUAUGCCUCCACAGCAACUGUGAAGCCUUCUCAUGACAGCGAUGUUCCAAGUGGAUCUUCUUCUUUCACUACCACCAAGGUUAUCGAGAACCACACUGACAACAAGCCAAAUGUUGUGAUUUUGGGUUCUGGUUGGGGUGCUAUUUCCUUCUUGCAACACAUUGAUGCCAAGAAGUACAAUGUUUCCAUUGUUUCUCCAAGAAACUACUUCCUUUUCACUCCAUUGUUGCCAUCUACCCCAGUCGGUACUGUGGACGAAAAGUCCAUUAUCGAGCCUGUUGUUAGCUUCGCUAUGAAGAAGAAGGGUAACGUUUCUUACUAUGAAGCCGAGGCUACCUCCAUCAACCCUGACAGAAACACUGUUACCAUCAAGUCUGUCUCUACCGUUUCUCAAUUGUACCAACCAGAGAAGCAUUUGGGUUUGACUCAAGAAGACACAGCUGAAAUCAAGUACGACUAUCUGUUGACCGCUGUUGGUGCUGAACCAAACACCUUUGGUAUCCCAGGUGUCGAAGAGUACGGUAACUUCUUGAAGGAAAUUCCUCACUCUUUGCAAAUCAGAAAGAGAUUCUUGUCUAACAUCGAAAAGGCUAACUUGUUGCCAAAGGGUGACCCAGAAAGAAAGAGAUUGCUGACGAUUGUUGUUGUCGGUGGUGGUCCAACCGGUGUUGAAACCGCUGGUGAAUUGCAAGAUUACGUCGACCAAGACUUGAAGAGAUUCAUGCCUUCCAUCGCCGAAGAAGUGCAAAUCCACUUGGUCGAAGCCUUGCCAAAUGUCUUGAACAUGUUCGAAAAGAAGUUGACCUCUUACGCUCAAGACGUUUUGUCCAAGACUAACAUCAACUUGAUGCUAAGAACUGCCGUCGGCAAGGUCGAAAAGGACCACUUGAUUGCUAAGACCAAGGAUGCCGAAGGUAACGUCACUGAAAAGACUGUUCCAUACGGUACUUUGAUUUGGGCUACUGGUAACAAGGCUAGACCAAUCAUCACUGACUUGUUCAAGAAGAUCCCAGAACAAAACGCUUCUACCAGAGCUUUGAACGUUGACGAACACUUGUUGGUCAAGGGUACCAACAACAUCUUUGCUAUUGGUGACAACGCUUUCGCUGGUCUGCCUCCAACUGCUCAAGUUGCUCACCAACAAGCCGAAUACUUGGCUAAGGUCUUCGACAAGAUGUCCAAGAUCCCUGGCUUCCAACAAGAAUUGGCUACUAGAAAGGAAAAGAUCGACCUUCUAUUCGAAGAAAACGGAUUCAAGACCUUCAAGUAUGUCCACUUGGGUGCUUUGGCUUACUUGGGUGCUGAAAAGGCAAUUGCCAACAUUACUUACGGUAAGCGUUCCUUCUACACCGGUGGUGGUUUGAUCACCUUCUACAUCUGGAGAGUCCUAUACGUUAGUAUGAUCUUGUCUGCUAGAUCCAGAUUCAAGGUUAUCUCCGACUGGUUGAAGUUGGCCUUCUUCAAGAGAGACUGUUUCAAGGAAUUGUAA